AUGCAUGGAAAUGUGAUCGAUGGUGAUAGUACGCAUGCAAAUGUGAUGGAUGGUGAUAGGAUUCGUUUGGAAAAAGGAUUCAUGCAAGUUGGAGCUCAAAAAGUCCAGGAGGAGAAGAGUUCUUUGAAAGAAAGAAGUACUAAUGGUGGUGUACUUGGAGAAGUCAUUCUCUGCAAAGAAGAGCAUUGUACAGGUACCAUGGAGAAAAGAAAUGACAAGAAUGGAGGAAAUAAUGCUGACCCCAUAGCCAAAGGAAGAUCGAGUAAUGGAGAAAUAGCAGGAAAACAUGAAAAACUAUCUGUUAAUUCUGAGCAACAAGUCACCAAGGAUCACUACGAGGAAAUGGACUUAACUGAAAUGGACUAUUCUCCAGCGAGGAAAAAACCUCCAAUCCACAAUUAA